AUGCCGAUGACUGCAGCUGAACGUCAGCGACUAUAUAGACAACGUUUAAGAGAUCAGAAUCCUCAAAAAUAUGAAGAAUUAAGAUUAAAAAAUUUAAAUAGAAUCAAGAAGAAAUAUGUGAAAGUUUCUAAACUAACAGAAAAUCAAAAAUUGAUACAAAGGAAGAACUGGAGAAAGCUUAAGAAUAAUCAAAAGAAAAAACGAGAUUCACAAGAGGAAACCAGAAAGAGUUCAAAAGAAUAUCAGCGUUACUAUAAACGGCUGAAGAAAGAAAAUGAAAAACAAAAAAUAAUAAUCAAUGAGCAAAGAAAAAAGAUACAAGCACUUCAAAAGAAAGUCUAUCGACAAAAAAUUCUCCUUGAUUGCCAAAUAUCGGCAAAAGACUCAGAACAGUCGCAUUCUAGUAAUCAAGAACGACCACUGACACCAAAUUCUCAAUCAAACGAAAUUAUCCAAACCAUGACUACUCUUUCAGAGCAGGACAAAAAUAAAGUAAAAAAAGUGAUACUAGAAAAAUAUGUUAUAACAGAAGCAAUCAAGCAAGAAUACAGGAAAAAUAAAAACAUAAAAAAAGUUUUGAGAAAUAUCUUUACAUCUCAGAUUGUACAAAAGUAUAAAAUGGUAUCAAAUUUUCGACGAGUCAUAGGUUUAAAAAGCAGAAUCCGCAAUCUUUCAAAAUAUGUUGUUCCUAAACGAAGCAGCAAAUUAGUAAAAAAAAUUCGACGAUUUUACCUGCGCGAUGAUGUCAGUCGAGCUUCAGCCGGGAAAAAAGAAACUAAGACCUUUAAAAAACAGAAACAUCAAAAACGGUAUCUCCUCGAUACUAUGUCAAAUUUACACAAAAAGUUUAAGGAAGAAACUGGUAUCAAAGCUUCUGUCAACACAUUCCGCAGACAUAGGCCUUUUUAUGUGGUCAAACCACGUCUCUCAGACCGUGAAACAUGUGUUUGCAAAAUUCACGCAAAUAUUGAAUUUAAAUUCCAAGCACUACAAAAGAUAAAGGUUUUGGAUCCAGGUUUAAAAUUAAUGGAUAUAUUACAAGAGAUAGUGUGCGAUAUAAAAUCUAAGGAAUGUAUGUAUUCAGAAUGCAAUAUUUGUAAAAUGGCGACGGUAACGUAUAAUUUUACUGAGAGGAAAAGAAAUGACAACGUUACCUGGUUUGAGUGGACUACGAAAAAUGUUGGAUAUCAAAAGAAUAAAGAGACCAAAAUGACUAAAAAAGUAGUUAUAGAAUCAAAAACUGAAAAACUAGAGAUCCUAUUAAGCAAUUUUGAAAAAGAACUUAAAAAGUUUAAAGAACAUUAUUUUAAUAUUUGGUAUCAAUAUAAUAUAUACAGAAAUCUUAAAAAUAGUCUGCAAAAUAUAGAGGUCAUGGUUCAUUGUGAUUUCUCAGAAAAUUACAGUUGCAAAUUUCAUCGGCAAAUACAGGCUGUUCACUUCGGAUCACAAAACCAAAUUUCGUUACACACAAGUGUGAUGUAUAUUAAAGGUUCGAAACCUUUAUCAUACUGCACCCUAUCUGAUUCAACGGAUCAUUCACCAGCAGCAAUAUGGGCCCACCUAAAACCAAUUCUGACAGAUGUCAAAACAAAACAUCCGGAAAUUGAUACUGUUCACGUUUUUUCAGAUGGGCCUACUACCCAAUAUAGGCAAAAAAAGAACUUUUAUUUAUUUAAAUUAUAUCUUGAAGAUUUGAACUACAAAAAGGGAACUUGGAACUUUUCAGAGGCAUAUCACGGAAAGGGAGCAGCUGAUGGAAUCGGAGGAGUAAUCAAGCGUCUUUUAGAUGCUAAAGUGUCCCACGGAAUUGAUGUUUUGAACACCUCAGUAGCCUACUCUGUUCUCAAAGAAGACACAAAUGUGAAUCUUUACUGCAUUAAAAAAUCUGAUAUCAGUGAGAUAAAAAGCAGAAAUCAAACUGCAUUCGAAUCUUUAGUGCCAAUUCCUGAUACCAUGAAAAUUCACCAGAUACAAGCCGAAUCAGAAAACUGCUCAAAUGAAGUAAGGUAUCGAGUUUUGAGCUGCUUUUGUAAUAGCUCAAGUUUGAGAGGAUUUUGUGACUGUUUUGAUACUAAAAAACACUUUCUGAUAAAGCCACGUCCCAAAAAGCGGAUUAGGCUAAGUUCCUCUUCCGAUUCAGAAGGUUGCCAGCCUUUAGUAUUAAAACGAAAAGAUAAUCUCACCUCUUUUAUCGAUACAUCUACUGCUAUUCAGAAAUCGAAGUACAACAUACCUUAUUUCUUUAGCAAUAAAUCAAAAAUCAUUCCAUCUGUAUCUGGUGUUGAUAUUGGUAACUCUGAUUCAGAUGAUUUAGAAAUAUUUAAUAUAUCACGCGUUGUUAAUAAAACUAUACUGCCUGUGAUUAAUAAAGAAAAUGAUAACUGUAAUAAAGCCGGUUUCAAAAAACGAAAAAAAAAUGAAGCGCCUGUGACUAUUUUAUCAGACGUUCGCGUUAAUUAUUCAAUCGAUGAUUUAAAGCAAAUGAUUAGUACAAAGAGGCAUAACGUUCCUUCAUAUGAUCUCAAAAAAGACUAUCCUGAAAUGUUUGAACAAUCAGCUACUGCACAAAAAAAGGUAAAAUAUUUUUUUGAUGAUUCUAGUGAAAGUGAGUAG